CCCACAGAGCAUGGAAAGUGAAAUAUCGUGAAAUAGCCUUCAUCACAGCUCCUCAGCUGAGCAGAACCGGAGAGAAACAUCGAAUGACGAGCUCGGAGAAGUCCCUUCUUCUCAAGUAGAGAACAGAAACAGUCAUGGAAGUUGCACUGGCUCUAAGAACUGUGAUGAUUGUGACGGUCGUGGCUCUCGGCGGAGCGGUGCCCACCACACCUCCCCCCAGCGAAGAACAGGUCUCCAAAGCCCAGGACUAUCUGUCCAGGUUUUUCUCUGAUGUGGGGGUCAGUGCCCCCGACUCGGUCUGGCGAAGCUCCCUGGACACCUUUGAAGGAACUCUCAAAAAGCAGGAGUUCUUUGGGCUGGAGGCGACGGGGCAGUUGGACUCCAACACGCUGGAGGUGAUGAAUCGGCCGCGCUGCGGCUUCACAGAUGUGCUCAGAUACAGUCACUUUGAGGGAGGGCCGAAGUGGGACAAGACAGUGAUCACGUACAGGGUGACAGAGUACACUCCAGACUUGACUCAAAGCGAAGUGGAUGAAACUUUAGCCAAGGCUCUUAAACUGUACGGUGACGUUACUCCUCUGGAUUUCAAGCAGAUUGACAGCGGCACCGCCGACAUUAUGAUCAAGUUCACUCCUGGAGACCAUGGAGAUUUUGCACCAUUUGAUGGACCGCAGGGCGUCUUGGCACAUGCAUUCUCACCUGGAGAAGGUCACGGAGGGGACACGCACUUUGACGAAGAUGAAAGUUGGACGCUAACAGCAGAAGGAUCCAACCUGUUCCUGGUGGCAGCCCAUGAGUUCGGCCACGCUCUGGGACUUGCCCACUCUCAGGUCCAGACAGCCCUGAUGUUUCCCACCUACCAGUACGUGAACACAGACGGAUACACGCUGCCAGAAGAUGACGUGCAGGGCGUGCAAGCUCUCUAUGGAGUCAGACCUUCUUCAGAUCAGCCCACCGCUGAGCCCAAACCAAACCCGAAGCCUCCUAGAAAACCUAUGGUGAAACCACCGCGUGCACCUGACCCUACAUCAGAACCUGUUCCAGACCGGUGUGACCCUCAGCUCACUUUUGAUGCUGUGACCAAGACAAGGGAUCUGUACUUCUUUAAAGAUGGCUAUUGCUGGAAGAGGAGCAGCUCCUGGGACGGAAUCAGGAUGAAGAAAAUCCAGUCCGUCUGGGCUGGAAUCACCAAAGUCGACGCUGCUUAUGAGUACAAGAGAGACAACACUGUCUUUUUUUUCAAGCUGAAACUCUGCACCACAGGAGGCCGCUACUGGGGCUUCAGAGGAAACGCCGCACUGCCAGGUUACCCCAAACGUCUCAGCGACCUCGGCUUCCCUUCAUCUGUCACCGGCGUGGAUGCGGCUGUUCACGUGUCCUCUGCCAGCCGGACGCUCUUCUUUGUGGGAUACAGAUUCUGGAGCUUCAAUGAAAGACGAGGCAAAAUGGAUCGUGGAUACCCAAAGCUCAUCCACAGAGAGCUCCGCGGGAUCGGUUACAAGGUGGACGCUGCUUUUGAGAACAGAGGGUUCCUGUACUUCUCAUAUGGAUCCAGCCAGACUGAGUACCACUACACACGAAGACGAGCCAGUCGCAAGCUCUUCAACUAUAGAUGGAUGGACUGCUGAAAACAAACAAAGAACAAAGCAAAAGCCCAUAAAUAGACACAAACCAAGCCGUGUGUCGAUAAGCAGGCAGCAAAGCACUGAUAUAUCCCAAGAACUCUUGGUGUGUGUGUGUGUGUGUGUGUGUGUGUGUGUGUGUGUGU